GCGGGCGGAGCGGCGGCGCGGCCAUGGGGGCUCUCCCGGCGCUGCUGGGGGCCGCCUUGCUCUGGGCCGGCGCCGGGGCCCUCGUCAACCUCAAGUACUCGGUGGAGGAGGAGCAGCGGGCCGGCACGGUGAUCGCCAACGUCGCCAAGGACGCCCGGGACGCCGGGUUCGUGCUGGACCCCCGGCAGCCCGCCGCUUUCCGGGUGGUCUCCAACUCGGCCCCCCACUUGGUGGACAUCAGCCCCGGGUCCGGGCUGCUGGUGACCAAGCAGAAGAUCGACAGGGACCUGCUAUGCCGACAGAGCCCCAAGUGUGUCAUCUCGCUGGAGGUGAUGUCCAGCUCCAUGGAGAUCUGCGUGAUCAAGCUGGAGAUCAAGGACCUUAACGACAACGCGCCCAGCUUCCCCACGGACCAAAUCGAGCUGGAGAUCUCGGAGACGGCCAGCCCUGGCACCCGGGUGCCACUGGAGAGUGCCUAUGACCCGGACUCGGGCAGUUUUGGAGUGCAGAGCUAUGAGAUCACCCCCAAUGACCUCUUUGGGCUGGAGACCAAGACGCGGGGUGACGGGUCUCGUUUUGCUGAGCUGGUGGUGGAGAAGAGCCUGGACCGUGAGACCCAGUCCCACUACAGCUAUGUGAUCACGGCGCUGGAUGGUGGUGACCCGCCCAACUUUGGCACGGUGGAGCUCAGCAUCCGCGUCAUCGACUCCAACGACAACAACCCGCUCUUCGAGGAGCCAGCCUACACCGUCAGUGUGCCUGAAAAUGCCCCGCCGGGGACGCCAGUCAUCCGCCUCAACGCCUCCGACCCGGACGAGGGCACCAACGGCCAGGUGCUCUACUCUUUCCACAGCUACGUCUCUGAGCGGGCCCGGGAGCUCUUCCAGAUCGACCCCCAGAGCGGCCUCAUCACGGUGAGCGGUGCCAUCGACUACGAGGAGGGCCACGUCUAUGAGCUGGACGUGCAGGCCAAGGACCUGGGGCCUAACUCCAUCCCUGCCCACUGCAAAGUGACCAUCAGCGUCCAGGACGCCAACGACAACCCGCCCCUCAUCAACCUGCUGUCUGUCAACAGCGAGCUGGUGGAGGUGAGCGAGAACGCCCCGCCGGGCUACGUCAUCGCCCUGGUGCGCGUCUCGGACCGCGACUCGGGGGCCAACGGGCGCGUGCAGUGCAAGCUCCUGGGCAACGUGCCCUUCCGGCUGCAGGAGUACGAGAGCUUCUCCACCAUCCUGGUGGACGGGCGGCUGGACCGCGAGCAGAGGGACCAGUACAACCUCACCAUCCAGGCCAGGGAUAAUGGCAUCCCGUCCCUGCAGGCCACCAAGUCCUUCACCGUCAAGAUCACCGAUGAGAAUGACAACCAUCCCCACUUCUCCAAGCCCUAUUACCAAGUCAUCGUGCAGGAGAACAACACCCCGGGGGCCUACCUGCUCUCGGUAUCGGCCAGAGACCCCGACCUGGGCCUCAAUGGCAGCGUGUCCUACCAGAUCGUGCCCUCCCAAGUCAGGGACAUGCCUGUUUUCACCUAUGUCUCCAUCAACCCCAACUCUGGAGAUAUCUAUGCUUUGAGGUCCUUCAACCAUGAGCAGACCAAGGCCUUUGAGUUCAAGGUCUUGGCAAAAGAUGGGGGUAAUCCCUCUCUGCAGAGCAAUGCCACCGUCAGGGUGAUCGUCCUGGACGUCAAUGACAACACGCCCGUGAUCACGGCCCCGCCGCUGGUCAACGGGACGGCGGAGGUGUACAUCCCCAGGAACGCGGGGGUUGGCUACCUGGUCACCGUGGUCAAGGCAGAUGACUAUGAUGAGGGUGAAAAUGGCAGACUUUCCUACGAAAUGGUGGAAGGAGACAGAGGAUUUUUUGAGAUCGACCAGGUCAAUGGAGAGAUAAGGACCACCAGAGCCUUUGGGGAGAAUGCCAAAACAGCCUAUGAGCUCAUCGUGGUGGCUCACGACCAUGGGAAAACAUCUCUCUCGGCUUCUGCCUUGAUUUUGAUAUACCUGUCUCCAGCCCUGGAUGCCCAGGAGUCCAUAGGAUCUGUUAACCUCUCCUUGAUUUUCAUUAUUGCCCUGGGGUCUAUUGCAGCCAUUCUUUUUGUCACCAUGAUCUUUGUGGCAGUCAAGUGCAAAAGGGAUAACAAGGAAAUCAGGACCUACAACUGCAGGAUCGCGGAGUACUCCUACGGGCACCAGAAGAAAUCCAGCAAGAAGAAGAAGAUCAGCAAGAACGACAUCCGCCUGGUGCCGCGGGACGUGGAGGAGACGGACAAAAUGAACGUGGUCAGCUGCUCCUCCCUCACCUCCUCCCUCAACUACUUCGACUACCACCAGCAGACGCUGCCGCUGGGCUGCCGCCGCUCCGAGAGCACCUUCCUCAACGUGGAGAGCCAGAACAGCAGGAACGCGGGCUCCAACCACAUCUACCACCACACCUUCACGGGGCAGAGCCCGCAGCAGCCCGACCUCAUCAUCAAUGGCAUGCCGCUGCCCGAGACUGAGAACUACUCCUUUGAUUCCAACUACGUGAACAGCAGAGCUCAUUUAAUAAAAAGCAGCUCCACGUUCAAGGACUUGGAGGGGAACAGCCUGAAGGACAGCGGGCACGAGGAGAGUGACCAGACGGACAGCGAGCACGACGUGCAGCGCGGGCUCUACUGCGACACGGCCGUCAACGACGUGCUCAACACCAGCGUGCCCUCCAUGGGCUCCCAGGGCCCCGAGCAAGAGCAGAGCGAGGGCUUCCACUGCCGGGAGGAGUGCCGCAUCCUGGGCCACUCGGACAGGUGCUGGAUGCCGCGCGGCGCCGUGCCCAGCCGCGCCAAGUCCCCCGAGCACGGCAGGAACGUCAUCGCGCUGUCCAUCGAGGCCACGGCCGUGGACGCGGAGCCUUACGCGGACUGCGGCGCCAAAAGGACCUUCGCCACCUUCGGCAAGGAGGGCGGCGAGCCCCCGGCCGAGGAGCGCCUCGCCAACCCCAAAGGCAAAAGAACGGUGGACUCGGCCGCCUGCUGCAGCCCCAAGGUGAGCGGCGCCGUGCGCGAGGCCGGCAACGGCUGCGAGGCCGUCAGCCCCGUCACCUCGCCCCUGCACCUGAAGAGCCCCUUGUCCGGCAAGCCGGCGGCGCCCUACGGGGCCGGGCACUGCGCCGGCGGCCGGGAGCCCUUUGGGAACAGUGGCCCUUCCCGGCCCAGCGAGGCCGAGCCCCGGGGCGCGGACAGCGAGAGCAGCGGGCAGGAGGGCAACCCGCUCCUGCAGGCCAGCCGGGAAAAGGACUCGCCCGGCGCCCGGAGACUAAAGGACAUCGUCCUCUGAGCAGCACGAGGAUGAGGGUGAGGCUAAAGGACAUCGUCCUCUGAGCAGCGCUCGGCCACAGGAGGAUGAGGAUGAGGCUAAAGGACAUCGUCCUCUGAGCAGCGCUCGGCCACAGGAGGAUGAGGAUGAGGAUGAGGGACCGCACGACUCCCAGCGCAGAUUGUUUUUAUCGCUUACCAAUGGUUCACAGAUUGCUGUAUUUAAAAGCUUUCCCUAAAUGUAUUGUUUAUAAAUGGAGCUAUCGUUGAUGUGACAAUCCCACGUGUCUCGAGGGCGGCAGGGGUGUGCAGCCCGAGCGAGGAGCCGUGUGCGGCUUUGGCCGGGAGGCGGCGGGUGGCGGGGGCACAGGCCAGACCCCCCCCAGUCCUCAGGAGCGCUCGGUACCCCCUCCUCGGAGUUUAUAUAUUUUUGUAUCUCAAAACGAAGAUAAAUUUCCAUUCCCGGAGAGAAUUGAGUGGCCAAUUCCGUAUUCGGACAUCUUUAGUAACCACCCCGGCGGUUUUGUAGUCUGGAUGGAGUAGCGGCUGUUUCUUGUGUGGGACUGUUCAAAGUGACAGUCGGGUGAGUUUCAGUUCAAAUUCACCCAGCACGAGGUUGUUUGUCUUUUAAGGUGUUGGUGUUUUGCUAUGGACACCCCUGCAUUUGCGAAUCCUUUUGCUGUCACAUACUUAUCUGUACUAUUAUUGUAUUUGAUAUUGCAAAUUACUGUAUGUCUAGUGAUGGCAAAAGGCUUUCAGGCUUAAAACAAAAGGAAUAAAAAAAUAUAAAUCACAAUCAUCUUAGUUAAACCUUGGGGAAGCUGCAGUUUGCAGCCCCGGUGGAGCAAGCGCUUCUUCCAGCCCCCACCAUUGCCUGCAGCCUCCCCUGGCCCCUGCAGGAAAAUGUCAGGGCAUUGUGGGAAGCCGUUUUUGGGAAAAUCCUGCCUGGAUUGCAAUUGUCGGAUGCACUGUGCUGAACUUUUCCCCUUACCCGUUUCUUUUGCAUAAUUUCAAGGCAAUGCAUGGAAAGGUUUUUUUUCCAGAAGUUGGCUAUUUUGGUUUUUUUCCAGUUCCCAGAUUUAGAUAUCCCUCGCCUCCAGUCAUUUCCAAGUCAAAGAGAUGGAAUUAUUUUAAGAGAUCUAAAUUACCUUCUCAAUUAGACACACACACUUCCCAGUCAGCGUUUCCCAGCCAUGAUUACACCACGAGGGUGUGUGUAAGUAUGACAUCAUGGCAUGGAUUUUAGACCCUUCUGAUUUCUUUCUAUCCCUGCAUCAUAAAUAAGUAUGGAAUGAGCAAUAGUGAUGUUAAUUUAGGGGCAGACAGGUGAUACGUAACAACGCUACUAAUUCAAUUAAUGUGCCUUCUUAAUGGAGAAAAAAUUAAAGCAAUUCUUUAUUUUUUCUCAUAAUUAAGGACUUUUUUGUGUGGGUACAAAUCUACUCAUGUAAAAUUGAUUUGAAAAUUGAGCUACUUUAAUAGCCAUUUUGUAGAAGGGAGAGAGGGAAGGGAUUCCACAGCUCUCUGCUCUCUUGCAGUGAUGAUUCCUCAGUGAGGUAUGAGUAAGGUAGGAGGAUUUCAGUUAGUGUAUUAUUAUUAUUAUUAUUAUUGCUAUUAUUAUUAACCCUUCACUGAACAGAUUUUUCCUACCCUCAGUAAUGUUUCCUAGAAUUUAAAAUCGAUUCUGGAAGGAAAAAUAUAUAGCUCUUGCCAAUGUUUGCUGUACCAGCAAGUUGAAAUUAGUGGUUUCUAGAGAAAGAGUCUUUCUAGGUCUACAUAUCAUGAUAAAGUAUUUGUUACUUGAUUUAUUUAAAUGAAAACCAACAAGAAAACAAGUUCCAGUUGUUAUCAUCCUCAAAAUAAAAUUAAACUCCAGCCAUUUAUUUCUUCAGGGCAGAUUGAUCUUGCCUGAAGCCACAGCUGGUCUGAGACAGGUCCAGAGUCAGCCUGUUCCCCCUGCCACUUGCUAGGGCCAGGAAUUGGGAAAGAAUCAACAAAAACCAGUUGUCUAAUGAAAUUUGUGAUGCUUCCCUCACUGGUGUGAUGACUACCUCAUUCAGCUCCCAUCCCACGUGCUAACAUGAUGUCCUGCACCCCUCCAGAAAGCAAACUGGGGUUUUUUUCCCCUCUUCUGGAUUCUGAGCCCAUUUUUCAGGGAUAUGUUGUUUCUGUUCCCGCUGUGUUUCCUGCCUGUGUACUGUUACUGCUGUCAUUUAUUUCUGGUUUUUUUCCCCAGAUGUGUGUUUUAUUAUAACACGAGCAAAGAGGAGAGGGGCUGGCUCGGGGCUGUUGGAGUAACUGGGUGUUCUGCAACUGUUCAGCUGAGUUUACUCUGAUGUUACCUGGUUUUGUCAGCUCUGGGAGGUUUUUUUUGGAGGGGGGAAACUUCUCCCGUGUGUUUGCUGAGAGACAGAACCUGCCUUGCCCCUCUGUCGGGUGCUCUUGGCUUCACAGGGCAAUGGUUCCAUGUGGCUCCAUCAUCGCCCACACCUCUGCCAGGAGGGGACCCAGCUUCCCCAUGGCCCCGGGUGGGCAAUGGGGUCCCCCAGGUGCCACCACCAUGCCCAGGUGCCUGGAAAAGCACCAGCCUUAAUUCCUGCCUGCCUCCUGCCUGCGGAGCUGCCACCACCAGCCUUGUGUUUCGGGUGAAAAAUAGAUGCUAACUGAAAAGGAAGAGAGGAAAAAAAAAAAAAAAGAAGAAAAAAGAAAAAAAUAGAAGCAUUUCUCUAAUUUACCCAGAGGAAACGUUCCUUGCCACUCUGAAUAAAAGCACAGCCGAGAAAGAAUGUGAAAUAAUUCUGUAUUAAAAGGGGGCAUUAAAGAGGUCAGUAAACCCUUAUGCCUCCAAGAAAACCAUUUAAGCACCAGUUUUGUGGGCUGACCCAGGCUGCAGUGGGGGAUGUGAGCGAGGGGCCCUUCCCUGGUGUGGCCUUGCUGUGCAGGGCCAAGGGGAGACCCAGAGAGCUGCCCUGGCCUCGCUGCCUUGGCCCUCUCCAGAAUAUUUUGGUGCUCCUGUCACUGUCCCUCUGUGUCACUCGAGAUGAGUUCAGGCUCCUGGGCAAAUUGCAGUCCCUUGGUUCUUUUCCUACUUGCAUCAAAACUGGCCGUGCAAAAAAUGUUUUGAGCUGCGGGGCGGGCAGGAAGGCUUUUUGGAAGGGUUCCAGAUGUAAUUAUUGUGCUUUUUAAUAACUCAAACCUGUCCUCAGAUUUGGUUUAGGAAAAGUCGCUGGGAUCUGUUGGUUCCCUUCAGGCAGACUUGCUCUGCUCCCUGUUAGUCCAGGAGAGCAGCAAGCACCGACGAUUCUCCCCCGAGCAUGACGAGGACCCAUCUGGAGCAGCGCUGGGGCUGGGGCCAGGGCUGAGCUCUUCCUUCCCCUGGGAGCCCCUGGCCUUUCCUCGGGGCUGCAGGGCUGGCCUGGGAGGGAUGGUGGAGGGCUGGGGGCAAACUGAUGGCUGGAAACAUCCCCCCCCAAAGCACUGUCUGCUGAGGUUGUUGCUGUUCCCUGUUUGUUGUGAGCUGGAGGUGGCCUGUGGAUCACACUUUGUGCAAAAGUGAAUUCCUUUCUUUUUUAAUUUUUAUUUUUCCAAACAGGAAACGAGUUGCUUUUGUGAAGAACACACUGUCUGAUGAAUAUGUUGAAAUUAUUCUUGGAGGGGGUGGGGCGGGGUGGGAGGGAGAGAAAAAAAAAAACCAAUCUAAUUUUGAAUGGAAACACAUUUGUCUGUCAUUGGGGAAAACUGAUGGUCCUGUUGCUACAGCUGCUUUUGCAGCUCUGGGUAAUCUCUGAUCCAACCUGUGAGCUGUGGAACCGCCGGGGAGAAUCCCCACUGCCAGCUCUGCUGGGGCUGAGACGGAGCCUCCGCUGGUGUCGGCUGAUGUUCAGCUGGCCUGAGCUGGGGCAGGGUCUCAGACACCCCUGGGCUGGGGUCUCAGACACCCCUCCCUCACAAACUGGCUCUGUUCAGCUGAUCUGAGCUGGGGGAGAGGCUCCAGACACCCCUUCCUCACUCCAGACACCCUUCCCUCCCAAACCGGCUCUGUUCAGCUGAUCUGAGCUGGGGUGGGGUCUCAGACACCCCUGGGCUGGGGUCCCAGACCCCCUCCCUCACCCACUGGCUCUGUUCAGUUGAUCUGAGCUGGGGUGGGGUCCCAGACACCCCUGGGCUGGGGUCCCAGACCCCCUCCCUCACCCACUGGCUCUGUUCAGCUGUUCUGAGCUGGGCUGGGGUCCCAGACACCCCUGGGCUGGGGUCCCGGACCCCCUCCCUCAGCAGUGGCCCCAGCAGCAGCAGCACCACCCUGGUGGCCGUGGCACUGAGCGCGGUACGUUCUCGUCAUGGUGUCUCCGUUGCCGAGUAUAUGAAGAAUAAAUUGUUGUAUAUGCUGAUAUGUAUGUUAUGUACAUUUUCACAGUGAUUGAAUCAUUGUAAACAACAAAAUGGAAAAAGGAAAAAAAAAAAAAAAGAAGAAUCACCAUUCUGUCUAUUUUAUGAAGAUGAUAAAGCAGCUUUAUUAAAUUAUUAUGAUUCUGUUUCCAAAUGGUGUACCUGCCACAUUGGGAUUUUUUCAUCUGAUGAGAACUUUGUUUUCCACCUAAAUGUGAUUUUCUUUUCUCUGCUUUGAGCAUCUAAUGCAUUUUAGUAUUAAAGCAAUUAUUGAAUAAAAUGGAAAGUAAGUGUUUG